AUGCAUUCUGUAGGCAACACUGAAACGUCGCCAGAAACAAUCAUGGAUGAUUUGUCAUUAUUGUCUGAGUCGUGGUCAACAGCAACUAUUCAUACUGCCUCUCCAACUACAAUAUCUUUAAUAACGGAUAUUUCAUUAAGUGAAAUAAUCAUUAACUCUUUCCCAAUGAUUUCCAGCACAAACAUGGAUGAUGCAUCAUCAUUGCCUGAGUCGUGGUCAACAGCAACUAUUCAUACUGCCUCUACAGUAGCGGAAGAGAAUGCGAUUGAGUUGACAACAGAAAGAUUAGAUUCACUUCAAUCGACGAUAUCAGAUGACGAACAAUCAGUUAUUUCAUCCUCUUAUUCAAUAGUUGACUUGUCUGCUUCAUCUUCAACAAUUCCAACUAUGAUAUCUUUAACAACGGAUAUUUCAUUAAGUGAAAUAACCAUUAAUUCUUUCCCAAUGAUUUCCAGCACAAACAUGGAUGACGCAUCAGUCGUUAGUCGUCACCAAUCGUCUCAGUCGUGGUUAACAACAACUCAUCAUCCUGCUUCAUCGAUAACUGAAGAGAAAUCCACUGGUAAUGUUGCUGCCACCGGAAGUUCUACAACACCCCAAACGACUGUUCUCACAACAACAAUCAUAUCUACAACAACACUUGUUACUUCAGAUGAUUUAGUUUAUACAGAUUUUCGACCGUUACCAUCAACGUUACCUAAUUUGACAAUACCUUUCUUGCAAGACAGAUUAACUAUAAUUGUCCAAAAUGCAUUCGAAUGUUUCAAUAAUCCAUCAAGCGCAUGCCAAACCACUAAAAGGAAAAAUCGUGACACUAACGACUGCAAUUAUGAAGCUAACGUGACUAAUUUAGAGAAAAGUUAUAAAAAUAUAGAGGAACAACCAUUAGGACAACUCACAGCUCGAAGACUCAGAAGCGAUGUAACUUCAACUCAGAACACUCGAUUAGCACAAGAACCUCACAGACAACAAUAUCUAUCAUCUGUUAGCUUACCAAAAAGUCGAUUUCAAUCAACAUUAUCGGAUUCAAGUCCAAGACGAACACGAAUAUCAAGAACGCAAACUUAUCAACAUGCCAGUUCGGUAUUUGAUAACAACGACGAAAUUAAUUAUUGA